CCCCGUCUGACGCAAACGUUCGCACCUUAGCUUCCAUCGAUAUCCGCGUCGCGUGGUUUUUAGCUGCUCCGGAAACACGCGUCUUUCCAUUUGAACCACGUCUACAGCAGCCAUCAAACCCAGCGUCCCAUUUUUCCUUGCUUCAUCUCCCUCAGACUCUCUACUUCUUUCGAUUAACGUCUUUUAAGGAGUCUACAUUGUAACAAAAUGGGUGGCACUGGCUGGUUGUUUUUGUUCUCUGUCCUCAUGGCAGCUGGUUUGCUGUUCACGAUGGUUUUCUUCAUCAUCAUGUUCUCGGACUUGGAAUGCGACUACAUCAAUCCCAUAGAUCUCUGCAACAAGCUCAACCAAUUUGUCCUACCAGAAAACAUUGCUCAUGCCUUCCUAACCGUUCUGUUCCUGCUCUCUGGUCAAUGGUUUGCGUUCCUUUUGAAUCUCCCGCUCGUCUUGUUCAACGCCAACAAGAUACGCAACAAGAACCACAUGUAUGACGCCACAGAGAUUUUCCGAACUCUUUCCGGUCAUAAGAAGGAGAGUUUUAUGAAGUUAGGGUUCUAUCUCCUCUCGUUCUUCUACUAUCUGUAUAGGAUGAUCGUUGCCCUCGUUUCUGAGAGUGAAUGAUCGCGCAGGUGGGCAUAGCUCACAACGAACGUGAUUAUCGACCAGAGCUGGGUGGAUCUGCGGGACGAGUUUUUAUGGGUGAAGUCCAUGGACAUACAAGAUGGUCCUGUUUGGUUGGGUAUCAUGAUCUACUUCCUUUCACUAUCACUUAUUAUGCCUGAAUUGACGCUAUCCUAUGCUGAUUUCACGCAUGAGAUAGUCGUGCCUUCGACUCGGCCGCACUGCGAU